AUGGCAUUUUCCGGGAUGCUGAGCGAGGAGGACAUCAGGGCUGCGGUCCAGGCUUGUCAAGCUCCAGGCACGUUCAACUUCAAGUCCUUCUUUGCCCAAGUGGGACUCGCCGGCUCAUCUGAGGCAGAUGGAAAGAAAGUGUUUACGGUCCUGGACCAAGACAUGAGUGGAUACAUUGAAGAAGAGGAGCUCAAACUGUUCCUUCAGAACUUCUCUCCGGGGGCAAGGGAGCUGACUGUGGAGGAGACAAAGUCCCUCAUGUCUGCAGGAGAUAAGGACGACGAUGGAAAGAUUGGGAUGGAAGAGUUCUGUGACCUCCUGAAAUAA